UCAUUUCACUUUUUACUGUAUAAUCUUAUUCAUAAAUACAGAUUCUCCAAAAUCUCACCCACCACUCCCACCCAACAAUUCAGACUCCCCAAAACACACUCUUCUGAGAAUCCUGUUUUCUUGAGUCCCAGAAAAAAUUACUUAAUUUUCACAAGGAAAACAGUGUAAGAACUUAUGGGAUUUUCCUCAAUGUUGAUCUUUUUCUACUUUGUUGUGACUCUACUGCUUCAGUUUCAACUUUCUGAGUCUGCCACAGUAGUUGUGGAUGGAGUUUCAGAAUGGAGAAAUCCUCAAGUUCAAGUUGGAGAUGCUGUCAUUUUCCAGCACAAAUAUCGCUACAAUCUCUACAUUUUCCAGAACCAGAAUGCCUUCAGUCUCUGUAACUUUUCUCAAGCUACACUUCUCACAAAACCCAAUUCCACAUCUUACACUUGGCACACAUCACGCCCUGGAUUCUUCUACUUCUCCUUCAACAAUGGCUCUAACAAAGCAUGUUUAGAGGGCCAAAAGCUAACUGUGAAGGUCACAUUAUCAGCGCCUCCAAAUGCCUCCCCUGAAUUGCCACCACCGACUGCGGCUCCACCGCUGAGCUCUGGCGGUGUUGUGGCAUCUUCUCCAGCAUUCCCUUGGCCAUUUCAGCCACGAGAAAACGCUUCUCCAAGCCCUGCACCCAGUACCGUAGAACUUCCAGGCGGUGACACCAGCCCUACAGCACCGGAUAAAGAAGGCAUCCCAUUUAUCAACAGCAAUCCAGCCGUGCCGCUGCCCGCCGGAGAGGUGGAUUCCGCCACCAUUCGGCCUUUGCCCACUAAUGGGGACCAUGUUAGACAGGUUCUCGGGUUUUCAUUUUUUCGAAGAGCUUUGAGUUUGAGUUGUCCAAUUUUGCUGAUGAUGGUCUAGAGAGGUGUACUAGGUUUAUAUAUGUAAAGCCUACUUUGGAAUCAUUAGAUUUAGCUGCUUAUUUACACU